UUCUUGACAUGGUAUCAGAGCCUAACCUAAAAUUUUAGGUCAUACGAUCCUUUGUUACUUCUCUUUUCAAUUCUACUUCUCUCUUUGACCUUAGUAUCUUCGAUAAAUUCGUAUCAAGAUACUCUCUAUUACUCUAAAACAUGACUGGCGGAUUACCUACAGAUGGAUCUGAUGAUUCUUCGGUGACUAAAAACACUCCUACACGGCCAGAACUGACACGAAGAAGGAUUGAUCCGUACGAUCUCUCCUCUGGAGAUAAUCCAGGUUCAGUUAUCUCGCAGCCACAAUUGCGAGGGUCAAAUUAUGAUGAGUGGGCGUUGAACAUACGGCUUGCGUUAAGGGCAAGAAAGAAGUUUGGCUUUGCGGAUGGUUCGAUAAUCAAACCGGCGGAGGUCCGAGGAUUCUGAUGAUCUUGAAGAUUGGUGGGCGAAUAACGCCAUGGUUGUUUCUUGGAUCAAACUCACGGUGGCGCCGGAUCUGAGCAGCUCGUUGUCUCACCAUGAAGUGGCUCACGAUUUAUGGACUCACAUUCAGAAGAGGUUCUCGGUGAAGAAUGGACAGAGAGUUCAAAGACUCAAAACAGAGCUUGCUAAUUGUCAACAGAAAGGUGUAGCCGUGGAAGCAUACUAUGGGAAGCUCACAAAAUUGUGGACAAGCCUCUCGGAUUUCCAGCGAGCAAAAACUGUGGAGGAGAUUGCAAAAGAACGGGAAGAGGAUAAACUCCACCAGUUUUUAAUGGGUCUCGACGAGACUCUGUUUGGGGCUGUCAAGUCCUCUUUGCUUUCUCGGGAUCCCUUACCUUCACUUGAUGAGGCGUAUCAAGUGGUUACUCAAGAUGAGGAAUUAAAGAGGUCAAGUCGGCUUCUGGAAGAAUGUAAUGAAGGGGCUAGCUUUGCGGUACAAACUCUGUCUCGUCCUCAACAACAAAGUGUGCUUCGUGAUCCGUCUGCGGUGUGUACAAGUUGCGGUAGGACUGGACACUUUGCUGAGAAUUGCUUUCGCAAGAUUGGAUACCCCUGGUGGUGGGGUGACAGACCUCGUUCAAAGACUCCUAAUACACAACAAGGAGCUUCGGGCAGCUCUAAUGGUGAUCGUCGAGUGGCGACAAUGACUCAAGCAGCACCAAAACGGAGUGAACCAGCUCAAGUAAACCAAGUGGUGACAUCGACGCCUCCAUUUGCUGCAAACUCUGUCAUUACGGAAGCUGACCGUGUUGGUGUGACGGGAUUAAAUGAUCAACAGUGGAAAGCUUUGAAAAAGAUGUUCAAGGAAAGGAACUCGGCAGCAUCGGAAUGUCUUUCGGGACCGCAUCACACAGAUGCUGAUUGGAGCAGGUGAACAGCUUAAUGGACUCUAUUUUUUUAGGGGCGUGGAAGUUGCAGCGCAUACACAAGUCAUGGACGGGCUACCUAAUGAUGUGUGGCAUAGGCGUUUGGGUCAUCCUUCCUCUAAAGUCAUGGAGAUGUUGAAGCUAUCUGAUAGUACUAGUAGUAGUUGCUUUGAUUUUAAGUCUUGUGACGUUUGUAUUCGUGCAAAACAGACAAGAGAUCCCUUUCCUUUGAGUAUUAAUAAGACAUCUGCAGGUUUUGAAUUAAUUCAUUGCGACUUAUGGGGUCCUUAUCGGACGACUGCGAUUUGUGGUUCUCGAUUUUUUCUCACUAUUGUUGACGACCAUUCCCGAGCUGUAUGGAUUUAUUUGUUGCCAUCUAAGUCACACACGACAUCUACACUUCGUGAUUUCGUAUCACUCAUAGAACGUCAAUUUGAUGCAAAAAUAAAGACGAUUCGAAGUGAUAAUGGUGCCGAAUUUAUCAGUCUAGGUAGUUUCUUUCGGGAGAAAGGAAUUAUUCAUGAGACUUCUUGUGUUGGAACGCCUCAACAAAAUGGUCGUGUAGAGAGGAAGCAUCGGCAUAUACUUAACGUCGCACGUGCUUUACGUUUUCAAGCCAAUCUCCCGGUGAAUUUUUGGAGCUUUUGUGCUCUUACUGCUGGAUAUUUGAUCAACCGCACACCAUCAGCGGUUCUUAAUGGAAAAACUCCAUUUAAGAUACUUUAUGAUCGGACUCCACCGAUGAAUCAUCUACGGGUUCUUGGUUGCCUCUGUUAUGUACAUAAUCAAAGACGUGACGGUGACAAAUUCGCUUCUAGGAGCAAUAAAUCCGUAUUUAUUGGUUAUCCCUUUGGGAAAAAGGGUUGGAAGGUAUAUAAUCUUGAGACUGGUGUCAUUUCA